UCUUAUUUCCAGUCCCCGCGUGUCCUCUCUCUCCUCUCUCUUCUCUCUCUAUGUCAGAUAUUCUGCGAUUUCUUCGAACAAAUUCACUCAUCCGCUACGUUGGAGGGUUUUUUUCCAGCAAAUUACUCAGACUUUUCCUCAUUUUCUCAUGAGCCAAACAGUCUAGGAUCUUAAGGCCUCGAAUCCACAUGGGGGUUUCAUUCAAAAUCUCAAAGACCGGUAGUAGGUUUUGCCCCAAGGUUGUCCUAUCUGAUGCUCCCCUCAAUGAGGAGGAGGAGGAGAUUGCGAAGGAGAAUUCGCGAAUUCCCGACCGGAAUGAAUCGCUUUCGAAUUCUACCACGCGAAAGCUCGAGGCUGAUAUCAUUGAGGGGGAUGAGGAUGUUGCUGGUAUCUCUGGUUCAUCUAUCUCUUCUGGAGGACUUCUUAUACCUUCAGAUAAUGAAGUUUCCUUCACAUUGAACCUCUUCCCAGAUGGAUAUUUUAUUGGAAAACCGUCAGAGAAUGAAACCACACAUCAGGCAAUGCUUCAAGAUGUCCCAAAGUUGCUACAUCCAUAUGAUAGGACAUCAGAGACUCUCUUCUCAGCAAUUGAGUCUGGCAGAUUGCCUGGAGAUAUUCUGGAUGAUAUACCCUGCAAAUAUGUUAAUGGGGCACUUCUGUGUGAGGUGCGAGAUUAUCGGAAGUGUGCAUCUGAACCAGGAUUUAGUGUUCCAUGUGCAGAUGGGUUGCCUAUUGUUAAUAAAGUGUGUCUUAGGAUGUCCUUGGAGAAUGUGGUUAAGGACAUCCCAUUGAUCUCAGACAACUCCUGGACCUAUGGUGAUCUAAUGGAAGUAGAGUCCCGGAUAUUGAAAGCACUGCAACCACAACUUUGUUUAGAUCCCUCUCCUAAGUUGGACAGACUCUGUGAAAAACCAGUUCCUGCUAAGCUUAAUUUGUCUCUCAGCAGUGUGCGGAAGAAGAGAUUGAGGCAGAUGCCAGAAGCUAACAUUACAUCUAGUAAUAAGAUCCAUGUGAAGAAAAUUAGCAUGGAUAGAGCGGGAGAAAGCUUAAAUGGUAGGUUGCGAGACUCUGGACCCAUGUCAGGUGCCGUGAUGGCACAGCAUGUGCAUGAGAAUCUGGCUGCCCAAAAUGUUGGUCCAAUCAAUAUUUUAACCCCAGGACCUAAAAGCUUUGUACAAGAUGCCUCUAAUCCAGCUUUGCCUUUGGCAUCUCCCCGAUCAAAGUAUCAAGCUAGUGUUGGUAACCCAAAAAUUAUGCAGGAUCAUGGUUCAGGGUCAGUUGUGAAUGCAUCAGGUGCUUCCUCUUCUAUACAGGACACGAUGAUCUCAUACACUGACAAUGUGCAUGGAAAAAGAGAAAAUCAAGAUGAUCAACUCUCACCUUUAUCUCAUAUGACAAAGAGACAAAGGCUUACAGCGGUAGGUCCUGAAGGUAUUCAACAGCAGCACUUAGUGCCACAUAUGGAUAGCUUCCAUGGAUCAGAUUUACAAUGGAAAAAUGCCGCCCUGUUACCGCAUCAAUUAAAUGCAAGGGGAAAUCCAUAUGCAAAUACUGGCAUUCAAAAGUAUCCUCAGCAGGUGUUUGAUGGGGUUUUAAACCAGGAGGCUGCAUCAGCAUCAUUUGCUGAGACGGAGAAAUUGGAUAGGCCUGAACUUAACCGGGUUAAAAAUGAUAUGCACAUGGGAGAAAUAGAAUCAAACCAUCUGGACCCACAGCAGUCACGACUUCAAUCAAGGUUGCCACAGCAGAUCCCAUUCAUGAGAUCCAAUUCAUUUCAGACACCCUGGAAUAAUAUAACUCAGCACAUUGAGAAAGAUCCAAGAAAGGAAAGGAAAUUGGUGCAAAGCCCCCGGGUUUCUGCUCAGGGUUUGGUCCAAUCUCCGUUAUCAUCAAAAUCUGGUGAAUUUUCUAGUGGUUCAUUAGGACCCCAAUUUGGACCAACUGCAACCACUGCUGUACUUGGAGCAUCACAAAAGGAUAAACCAGCAGUCACCUCAGUUCCUCCAGUUGUUGGCACCCCAUCUUUGACUUCCAGUGCAAAUGAUUCCGUGCAACGGCAAAACCAGAUGCAAAUUGUUCCCAAGCGGAGAUCAAAUUCGCUCCCCAAGGCCCCUGCAGUUGGGUCUCCAGCAAGUGUUGGUAAUAUGAGCGGUCCAUCAAAUGCCAACAGUCCUUCAGUUGCAACCCCGCCUUCAGCUGAUCAAACCAUGCUCGAUAAAUUCUCAAAGAUUGAAAUAGUGGUUAUGAGGCAUCAACUUAAUUGUAAAAAGAAUAAGGUUGAGGAUUACCCCGUCAAGAAACCCACAUUUUCUCCUCAGAAGCUCUUGAGUUGUCUCUCCAUGGCUUCCCAUAAUGAGGAUAUCAAAGAUGAUACAUGCAAAAUGCCAUUAUCAAAGUCACUUGCAGGUGGCAGCAUGAAUGUCUGCAAGCUACGAGUCCUAAAUUUUGUUCAGGCAGAGCGUGUAGUCCAAGGAAGUGUUGUCUCUGUUGUUCCCAGGGCACGGUCAACGAUGAUCAUGUCAGAGAAGGCAAAUGAUGGUAGUGUAGCAGUGCAUCAUGGAGAUGUAGUGGAUGGGGAUUUCCUGAGUGCAGAGGAUUAUGUUUCUACAUUGCCCAAUACUCACUUCGCGGACUUGCUUGCAGCACAGUUCUGUUCACUGAUGAACCGUGAAGGAUAUCAUCUUAUGGAGGAUCGUGUCCAACCAAAGCCAGCUCGCAUGAAUCUUGCCUCAAGCAAUCAAUCUAAUGCUCCUGGAAUCUCUCCUAAUAAUUCGGCAGCUGAGAUGCAGCAAUAUUCAGAAACAGCUUCAGGUCAGCCUCACAAUGAAGUGGCAAAACCGACUAAUAGUGGCAAUACGCCCUUAAACGCAUCCCAGAAUCUUCUAGCAAACUCAAGGAUGCUACCUCCUGGAAAUGCUCAAGCAUUACAGAUAUCGCAAGGACUCUUGACUGGGGUUUCCUUGCCUACCAGGCCACAACAGCUCGAUCCACAACCAUCACUUCAGCAGCCACAGCAGCAGAAUCCACAGUCUUUGAUUCAACAGCAGCAUUCUCAGUUCCAGAGAUCAUCUCUUAUGCUUCCAACAAAUUCACUCUCACACCUAAGUGCAAUGGGACAGAAUUCAAACAUGCAGUUGGGCAAUCACAUGGUCAACAAGCCUUCCGCCACUCUCCAACUCCAGAUGUUACAGCAACAGCAACAACAGCAGCAGCAGCAGCAACAGCAGCAGCAGCAGCAGCAACAACAGCAGCAGCCAAUGCAGAGGAAAAUGAUGAUGGGACUUGGAACAGCUGUGAAUAUGGGAAACAUGGGCAAUAACAUUGCAAGCCUCCAAGGUUUGGGCAAUGUCAUGGGCAUUGGGGGUGCAAGGGGUAUGGGAAGUACUGGAAUUUCAGCACCAAUGGGGCCUAUCUCUAGCAUGGGCAAUGUGGGUCAGAAUGCAAUGAAUCUGAAUCAGGCUUCAAGUGUUACCAAUAUGCUAGGUCAAUUUCGGAAUCCACAAUUAGGCACGCAAAAUAAUUACAUGGCGGCAAAAAUUAGAAUGAUGCAGAACCCAGCAAUUUUAGGUGGCCGUCAGGCAGGCAUAGCUGGCAUGACAGGAACCAGACAGAUGCACCCACACCCAGGUUCUACUGGUCUUCCAAUGCUGAGCCAGAAUCUGCACCGUCCUAUGAACCCAAUGCAGAGAACAGGAAUGGGGCCAAUGGGACCCCCAAAGCUGAUGACGGGGAUGAAUCUUUACAUGAACCAGCAACAGCAGCCGCAACAGCAAUUCCAUUUACAGCAGAUGCAGCAGCAACAUCAUCAGCAGCAGCAAUUACAGCAACAGCAAUUGCAGCAGCAGCAGCAGCAGCUACAACAGCAGCACCAGCAAGAAACCACCUCACCACUACAGGCUGUUGUUUCACCUCCACAAGUAGGCUCUCCUUCAACCAUGGGAAUUCCACAACAACUAAACCAACAACCCCAGCAGCAGCAGCCGCAACAACAGCAGGCCAGCCCACAGCAGAUGAACCAGCGAACCCCCAUGAGCCCACAGCAGAUGAACCAGCGAACCCCAAUGAGUCCACAACAGAUGAGCUCUGGUGCUGUCCAUCCCAUGGGUACUGGUAAUCCAGAGGCUUGUCCAGCUAGCCCACAGUUGAGCUCACAGACCCUUGGCUCGGUUGGCAGUAUUACCAAUUCCCCUAUGGAUCUGCAAGGCGUCAACAAGAGCAACUCUGUGAGCAAUACAUAGUAAAGGACACAGCUUGAGGUCAUGUUCUAGUUGCGGUGGCUAGAACCCCAAUUGUCUUGGGCAGAUGGUUGUAGGAACACAACAUCUGGCUAGGAAAAUGUGGUUGCAUCCAUGUGAAGAUCAAAAUUUUUGUCAUGUAUUUAUUGUUCAUUAAAUAAAAAUAAGUGUAAGUACUUAGAAGUUGAUAUGUGGCACAGGAACUUGACAGUGAAGGCCUCAUUCAUACUGGGUUGCAGUUGGACAACCCAGAACCCUGUCAAGAAAUACGUCACUUGUUAGGCUACCUGCUAUGUGGAUUGGAAAUAUAUUUAGAUUUUCAUUGGUUUAA